AACCGAGUCGAACCGGCCAGACAAUUUUUUCAUGGGCCUAUUGGGCUUCACUUAUUACCCUUUUAUUUCAUCAACCCAAAAGCUCCUUAGUCCUACAGAACAUUAUCAGCAAUCUGCAAAGUUUAAGCUCGCCGGUUUCUUUCUCGGCGAACUGGGGACUCGUAGCGCCAAUUGAAGCUACGGAAGAGAGGGUUGUAGUCAGAUUUAGAGCUAUAAGGUUCGUUAUAAAUGGUUGUGGUGCUUAGUGCCUCUGCUACCAACUUCUCUGCACUUCCUGCAGGUUACUUAAGCUUGACAACUCUAUCUUUAUCUGCAGUUAUAUACCCUAUGAUUUUGGCAUUUGCUAGCUUGAUUUCGUUUCGAAAUGCAGGUAAGGGUUGCAAGUACACAGGUCAAGCAGUGAGAGCACUUCCUAUACGCAUAAUAUCGGUAGGGAAAAAGAGAUCACAAGGUGUACAGCUCGUAGUGGAUGACUACAUUCAAAGGCUUAAGUUGUACUGCAGUGUUGAAGAUGUUCACAUAAAGAACAAUCCUAAGAAUGCAAGUGAUUGGAGGGCUCAGGUUGAUCAUGAAGACGGUGCUGUCAUGGAUCUUAUCAGAUCCGAUGAUUGGGUGGUACUGAUGGAUGAGCGUGGGAAAGACAUAGGUUCCAUGCAGAUGGCCGAGCUGAUUGGAGAUGCAGGGAUUACGGGGGCUUCAAGACUGUCAUUCUGUGUUGGUGGACCUUAUGGGCAUGGAAAACAGUUGCGAGCUAACAUAUCUAUCAAGUUGUCUUCUAUGAUAUUGAAUCAUCAAAUUGCUAUACUCGUGCUCGUAGAACAACUCUAUAGAUCAUGGACCAUUCUAAAAGGACAGAACUAUCAUCGAUAGCUUUCUUCUCCUCACCUGUAAACAGCUAUAUAGGUAAAACCGUAAAAGUACGUGAUACCCUGACCGGAGGAGCAUUGGUUCAGACUAACAGAUAUAUACAGACGCUCAAGCACGUCAAGAUAAAAGAUCAGAGUUCUUCAUGACUCGUCAUUCCUAUCCGCUGCAAAAGAUCAUAUCCUUUCAGCCUGGUUCAGCUGCCCUGUAAUGCAAUGACUAAAAUCUUUAAGCAGUAGCUAGUAUCAUAUCCCAGAUUCCCAGUCAUUCACUUAUAUGCUGUAAGCUUUUACUUGCUCUUGUGUAUAUUGAGCACUCGUACGUCA